AUGAAAUCCUUGCCACAGAAGUUCGAUUACAUAGUGGUUGCAAUUAAAGAAUUGAGAGAUCUUUCAAAAAUGAAAAUUGAGGAACUACAAAGCUCAUUGGAGGCGCAUGAAAUGAGGCUAUUGGAUAAAAAUCCAACCAAGAAUGAAGAACAAGCACUGAAAAGUAAGCAGAAGAAAUAUCAAGGGAAAGAGGCUUACAUUGCACAAGAAGAUUCAAAUUUAGAACCACUGACGUUGAUGGUGACCACUUCUGUAGAAAAAUCUUCUUCUCAAAAUGACUUGUGGUACCUAGACUCCGGUUGCUCAAACUAUAUGACAUGCCAUAGAGAAUGGUUGAUAAACUUUGAUGCAACGAAGAAAAGAAAGGUGAAGUUUGUUGAUGAUAGUACGUUUAAGGUGGAAGGAAUGAGAGAUGUGGUUAUUCGAAGAAAGAAUGGUUUGAAUGCUACCAUCACCAAUGUGUUAUUUGUGCCUACCAUGAAGUGCAAUUUGUUGAGCAUUGGCUAG